AAAUAAGGUAAAAUAUAUUGUAUCUUCUUCUGGUUCUUCAAAGCAUGCUUUGAAGCAUGCAGGCUUCGAUGAAGCAGAUUUUCGGGCCAUAAUAUAUUGAAAUCAUCCUUAUUAACCGCCAUUGAUCACCUGCCUGUUUAACAACAACAUUAACAAUGAUACUUUUUGAAGUUGCGAAGCAUAUUAGUCUAUGCACUAAACCACUAGCACCGGAAUCGAGGGUGCAAUCGUCUUUUUAAAUAUUAGUGCACGGCGGAAUCCGAGGUACAAUAGACCUUUCUGACACUAGCGCCCUCCUGGAAUCCGGGCUGGAAUAGGUGCGACCAGAGGAAAAUACCGUUAGGCUUCGUCCACAGCUUGUCGUUAUUGCCAAUAGCACCUGUGGCCGCAAAGGCGCCGGACUCCACCUGUUUAUUUAGUGUUAGUUGUGUCGUUCGUUUUCAAUAUCAUCUCCGAUCUCUUCGUACGUCUUCCAAGCCUUCUGAUGAUGGAUACGCUUAGAUCCAUUUGUUUUCAACUUUUUUUCACGGUCAAAAUGUCUUUCCUCAGUAUCAAGCAUUUUCUCGAAGAAGCCUGCAGAACAGUGAAACCAUUUAAUGAUCCUGUCAAUCGCCAGGGUGAGUACGCCGUCAUCACAGGUGGGAAUCGAGGCAUAGGUUUUUACACUCUUCAUGGUUUGCUGACUUCUGGCAUGAAAGUUAUUGCAGGCUGUAGAGAUGGAAGGAGCAAGCAGCAAUUGUUUGACAAACUUGAAGAAGCUGGCUUGCCAACCGAUUCAGUUGAAUGGAUAAAUCUCGACUUGUCUUCUUUGGAUUCCGUCCGGGAUUUCGCAAAAAUUGUUCUCGACAAAAACGUUCCCAUCAGUUUACUCAUAAAUAACGCCGCCAUCAUGUUCACGCCAUAUGCCUUGACAAAAGACGGUUUUGAGCAGCAGUUUGCUGUAAAUUACCUUGCACAUUUUCUCUUGACUCAUCUUUUGUUACCACGCUUAAUUGAAGCAGGUGAAAAGAACCAAAAACCUUCGCGAAUCGUCAAUGUCUCGUCCGAUUCGUCUUUCCUUGGAUAUUUGACGCUCGACGAUCUCCAAGCCAAAUCCUUUUACAACAAAUUCUGCGCCUAUGCCCAAUCUAAACUGGCACAAGUCCUGUUUACUGAAAUGCUUGAUACUCAGUUGAUCCAAAAUAAUCAUCCAGUUAAAAUUUAUGCUCUCCAUCCUGGGGUUAUAAGAUCCAACUGGUAUAACGAUGCUUGGCAUUUAAGAAUCUCCAUUCUGCUCGUCGGUUUUUUAUUUAAGACUGAACGUGAAGGAGCACAGAGAGUUUUGUAUACCGCCCUAUCGCCUGAAUUGGAAAAUUCAAGUGGAGUUUUUCUUACAGACUGCAAAAUUACAAGACCUCCAACAGCUCUAGUUUGUCCUACUGAGAGGGUGAAACUGUGGAAUGCAACAUGUCAGCUACUCAAUAUCAAACAAUUUGGAAAUUGUUAAUUGAACUUUGACAUAUCCUGCUUUCUUUUUGAAAAUGUGUUUAACCCUUUAUCUCUGAAAUGUUUCAAUUAAGUAAAAACGUAUAGACGGUU